AUGUGGAAGGUCGUGUUAUAUAUAACUUAUGCUUUAAUUGUUUAUCACGCAAGAAAAUCUCAUGGAUACCUUGUGGGGGCCGGCUUAAAUGUACGAUUUGCUCAACUUAUGUUUACUGACUCAAAAUAUCAAGUGCUGAGAGAAGAAAUGGUGAAAUCUAACACUCGCAAUCUAGUGUAUCACUGCCGAGCUGACAAGAGCGACUGCGAUGCUGCUCUCGCUAAAAUGAGAUAUAAAGCAAGUAAACACUUCUAUGCUUUAUCGAAAGCUGUUGUGGAUUAUGUGAAGUAUAAGCGACAGGCGAGACCCACUGGCUAUGUUGGUACAGCUACGUUCUGCCAAGACAAUAUUUGCGUGCCCGACACCGACCCUCCCAUAGUGUAUGGGGGAUGCUUCACACUCAUAUCCUGUGGUGGGAACCAGACCUGGCAUCUCGACCCUGUGCUCUAUAAAAAGAAAAAAAGUAGAUAUUAU